AUGAGUGAUGUUGUUGUUUCUUCCAAGAAGAAGUUGCUCAUUAAGGAGCUUCUUCAGGGUCAAGAGUAUGCUACUCAGCUGAAGUUUCUGCUUAAGAAUCAUGUUGGUUUAGGUUCUGAUGGGUCUGCUUCGGUUAAGGAAUUGGCAGCUAAUGUGCUGAGAUCUUUCUCUCAGACUAUUUCUGUGAUGACUUCUGACGGUUGUAAUUUUGAUGAGGUAGAAGAAACUGGUUCUUUGGUGUUUGCUUUAUGUAAUGAUGAUGUGAAAUCUGAAGAUUCAAGUGAGAGUAAGAAGAGAUUGUUGUCUAACACAAAAGAUAGAAGAGGUUCCUACAAAAGAAGCAGGAAGACUGAUGAGACAAGAACUAUUGUUUCUAAAACAACUGGUGACAUUCAUUCCUGGAGAAAGUACGGACAGAAGGAAAUCCUCAAUUCUCAAUUUCCUAGGAGCUACUUUAGAUGUACCCGGAAGCAUGAUCAAGGUUGCAGAGCAACCAAACAGGGUUCCCCUAUUGUUAGCUCAGAAAGACCAAUUGUGAAACAAGAGUAUCUGAUCAAUGACGACAUUACUACUACUCCGAGGAGUGUUCUCGCGGACGAUUUAUUCGAUGCUAACUUGUGGUCUGAUUUUAAGGAUUUUGAACUAUCCAAGCCAGAUACUAGUGUGUAUUCAUGUAGUGAAUCUCAAAACCUUGAAAUUGGUUUUGGGGUGUUUUCUGAUUUCAGCAAUGAUUUAGUGUAUUUUGAUGAAAGGCAUUUGCUAUAA